UGACAACAAGUAGCUGAAAACCAUCGCUAUCUAAAAUAGUUUGUAGAUAUUUUUGUUUUAAACUAUAAAAAUUGCUUCUGAACAUUCUUGAACAUUCUAGAAAGACUACCUGUUUUUGCUACUGUGUUAUUCGAUGCGCCAGAGGUUUUGAUUUUUGUUUUCUUUGAAAACAUCAUAUUAAGCGGUAUAAUUUAGUGGAGUUGUUUUUGAAUUAUUUGAAGUUUCUUGCGAAAUCCAAUUCGCAUACUAAGCACGUGCUAAUGUGAAUGAGUCUCUACUGUCAUGUUAAAAGGCUCAAAUUCAAUCCAAAAAUUUUAACUUUUGAGUAAAAAUACUCUUUAAAUUAUAUACGGAUUAAGAUUUGAUUUUGUAUCCGAUAUGAAUAAUUUUUUUUUUUUCAAACAUUAUUCUCCAGUAGACGAAUUUAAAAUCCCCUGCUCACUCUCAAUACCCCGGAUCCAAAACCUAAAUACCUCCAACGGCUACAUGCCCCUUCCCGCCAAAUUCAAAUGCGACCUCCGCACCCUCUCCCUCCUCUCCUUCCCCACCCUCUCCCUCCCCUCUCUCCUCCAAAUCCACGCCCACCUCCUCGUCUCCGGCGCCAUCGCCGACCCCUUCGCCGCCGCCAAGCUCGUCUCCGCCGCCUCCUCCAUCUCCAACCCCGGCCUCCGCCACGCCUGUCUCCUCCUCCGCCGCCUCCCCUCCCGCUCCGCCUUCCUCUACAACACCCUCAUCGGCGCCCACGUCGAAAACGACCUCCCCGUCGAAGCCCUCGCACUCUAUAAGCGCAUGCUCGCCGCGGGCCUCGCCCCCAACAACUACACCUUCUCCUUCCUCCUCCGCGCGUCCCUCGCCGUCCGGUCCCUGUGGGAUGGCCGAAAGUUCCAUGCCCAGAUCGUGCGGCUUGGCUGGGAGUCCUAUGAUUUUGUUCAGAACGGCUUGAUCCAUCUCUACUCCUCUUGCGGGUGUGUCGGCUCCGCUCGGCAAUUGUUUGAUCGGAGUCCGCAUCGAGAUGUGAUUACUUGGACCUCUAUGAUCAAUGGAUAUGCGAAAUCGGGCCAAACGAGGACGGCGCGGGAGCUGUUCGAUCGAAUGCCCGAGAGAAAUGCCGUUUCUUGGAGCGCCAUGAUCACGAUGUACGCGCAAGUCGGGGAGUUCAAAGAAGCCCUCGACGUUUUUAACGAGAUGCAGCGCUCCGGUGUUUGGCCUAAUCAGGCGGGGGUCAUCGGCGCGUUAUCAGCCUGCGGGUUUCUUGGGGCUUUGGAGCAGGGGAAGUGGAUUCACGCUUUUGCGAAGAGGAGCGGGAUGGGUUUGGAUAGAGUGUUGGGGACUGCGUUGAUUGAUAUGUACGCGAAAUGCGGGUGCAUCGAAACUGCGUGGCAAGUGUUCGACGAAAUGCCCGAGAGGGAUGUGUUUGCGUAUACAUCCAUGAUUUCGGGUUUGUCGAAUCACGGGCAGAGCUCAAAGGCGAUCGAUUUGUUUGAUAAGAUGCAGGGAGAAGGUGUGAGGCCGAACGAGGUCACUUUCAUUUGUCUACUCAGUGCUUGCGGUCGAAUAGGCAUGGUCGAUCGAGGGCGCGAGAUCUUUAAGAGUAUGAAAGAGGUCCACGGAAUAGAGCCUGGGGUUGAGCACUACGGGAGUUUGGUGGACCUUCUAGGUCGCGCAGGGUUGCUCGAGGAAGCAAAAAGGGUAAUUACGGAGAUGCCCAUGAAGCCCGAUUCGUAUGUACUGGGGGCUUUGUUGAACGCGUGCAUGGCACACGAGGAUGUGGAGCUGGGGAAGGAAAUGGUGGAGAGUUUGGUAAGUCUAGGGCUUGAUCAUAGCGGAGUGCAUGUUUUGCUAUCGAACAUGUACGCGUCAGCGUACCGGUGGGAGGAUGUAAUGGAGGUGAGGAAGAGGAUGGAGGAGAAGAAUGUGCAGAAGGUGCCCGGUUGUAGCAUGAUCGAGGUGGAUGGCGUGGCUCGGGAGUUCGUCGCAGGAGACAGGUCCCACUUAAAGACGUCGGACGUCGUGUUGGCUCUUAAAGCGAUGGACGAGCAAAUGAAAUCCUUCGGAGAUGAUCCUCGUGUUGGAGUUUUCGAAAAUAAUUUGGAUUGGAGAGAUACGCAAUUCGAUCACUAAAUAUAUUGUUCUGGAGCUCUCUCGAUGAUGUGAUGGAUGUUGAGCUUAAACAGAUAAUCAGUGGUAGUUUACUCUUACAUUUCCUGAAGUAGAAAGCAAGUGUAAACAACUCAAUUGCACUGCAAGUUGUAUUUACUCCGUCUUUUCUCAAAUGGCCCUUCGCCUUAUGUCCCCAAGAGGUAAGACCGGGGAGAUGGGGAGAUGGUAGGACACGGAGAGCUCAACAUCCUACCCCAUAAGCGGUGGAACAUUUACAAUUACGACCAACCGUACCUAGCGUAAGUGGCAAAAGGCUUGGUGGUUGGUAUUCGAGGUCCCGAGUUCGAAUCCUAGUUGAUUCACAUUUUUAGCUAAGUUUAUUUCUAAAUGAAAUAAACGAAGCGGGUAACGUGCUAUCUAUCUCUCCAAAGAAAAAAAAAAAAAAAAAUUUACAACUACGGUGCUCAAGAUCGUCAAUCUUGAACCUGAUCCUGAUGUCGAAGAAGAGAUUGGGCGCAAGGGUACUAUGGCGGAAGAGGACUAGGAGCAGCAACAUAAUCGUUUGUCUUUUUAUUUAUUUUUAUUUUUUUUACCAUAUUGGUUAGUAAAAUCCUUUAUUAUAUUUGCUUUGUUAUAUUGUAUAUCUUUCAAUCUCUUAAUAUAAUAUUGUAUAACUUUUUAUGUA